CCGCCUGGCACGGUGGGCGGACCCGAGGCGGGGUGGCCGCCGCCGCAGUUGCCUGCAGCCACGCUCCGGAAGGCGGGCGGCGGUGCAUGGCCCCGACGGGAGGUGCGCGUCCCGGACCCGGAGCUCCGCGCGCCUCCUGAGCGCUGCAGCCGCCUCUGCGCUGCGAGUCCUAGGCACUCCGGCCGCCGUCCCGCGGACAGGACUGCGUAGCCUCCUCUUGGGCUGGGAUUUGCUUGGAAGUCUUCUUCCUGGAAGCGAUGUCCCCCCAACAGGAGACGCUAGGGGGGCAGCCGGGGCGCUCCUCUUCCCUGACAGGAGUGUGUCUGAUCGCGGGAGGCUCCAGCACCAAGAAAAUGAAAACACUAGCAGAAAGGAGAAGGAGUGCCCCAUCUCUCAUCCUGGAUAAAACCCUGCAGAAACGGCCGAGUACCAAGGAAAGCCGGUCUGCUAUCAUAGACACAUGUGCAUUUCUGUCAUCCAUGUGCACCAGUAGGACCCUGCUAAUUGACGAACAGGUAGAACUCAGAAGAGGCCUGCAGAGGCAGGAGCGGCAUCUUUUUCUAUUCAAUGACCUGUUUGUUGUGGCCAAAGUCAAAUACAACAACAAUCUUAAGAUAAAAAAACAAAUAAGAUUAAGUGAUAUGUGGGUAGCAAGCUACAUGGAUGAAGUGGAAGAAGACAGCGCCAUGGAAUCCUUUAUCCUGGGCUGGCCCACCAUCAACUUUGCGGUCACUUUCAGUUCUCCAGAACAAACGGGCAGAUGGUUCUAUCUCUUUCAGAGAUACAUCGAUCUAGAGAAAGAAAAGGACUACCCGAAGAGCAUUCCGCUCAAAAUCAUCACCAAGGACAUUGGGAAUUGUGCCUAUUCUAAAACUAUAACAGUAACAAAUACAGAUACUACAAAUGACGUUAUCAACGCGACCCUACCAAUGCUGGGGAUAACUGACUCUGAAAGUGAAUACAAGUUGUGGGUGUAUUCGGGCAGAGAGGAGGCACCAUACCGACUUAUUGGACACGAAUUCCCCUAUGGGAUUAAAAUGAAUCACCUCCGAGACACGGCACUCCUGAUGCAGGGGUCAGAGGACUCCCCGACGCCUUCCAACCUCCAAGAGCCCUUCCUCAUGGAACAGCUGCCCCAAGAGAAGCAGUAUUAA